ACGAGUCAUCGACGCUCAUGCCUCCCGCUCACCUGGGAGUCGACGGUCCUCGCUCAGCGUUCAGUCGGUUCAAGUCGUGCACCACGAAGCACAGAGCCAGCCGGACAGCAGCGCACGUUAUCGGUCGCAAACCGGUGACAGCAGUAUAUUUCCGUCAGUAAAACCGCGAAGAAGAAGAAGAAGAAUAUAAUUCGGCUGCUAAAAGAUCCGGCCGCCGAUCGGCCGAUCGUUUGUGGGGAGCGGAGUGUCGGUUGGUGUUGAAAUUUUACGUAAAUACCUAUAUACGAGUAGAUAAAUAUAACUAUACGUAUAAUAAGUAUAGAUUGCAGCAGUGUGGUGCCGAUUCGCCGAUCGCCGAUUACCGAUUGCCGAUCGAUCCAUUGUUAUGUCACACUCCCACGCGCCUCGUAGCUUGCGCUGCUGAUGGGCGUUGCACAAGGGACCGAUAUUUCUGCAGAAGUUUAAACAAUUUAAAACCGCGUUCUUCGAGAAAUCGGCACGGUAUAUUCAUAUUCUUCUGCAAUCGGUCGUCUGCUGGGAUACCACGAGCCGGAAUUGGAGCCACGGUUUUUUGGUUCGACAGCCCGCGCUAAAACUCAAGGCGAAUUUAUGUACCGAGGUGUGUGACGUUUUUGAAAGGUGCGCAACCGGGACUGAGACAUAUAGCGUUGACUCGUCAAGGUAGAGCAGCGGAACUCUUGGUACAUAUAUUAAACUGUUGUACGCCGCGCGCCGCGGCGCUCUGUAUUACAUAUGCAUACCUAUAAUACAACUGCGAAUUGUAAAUUGUUUGCUAUAAAGAUCGUUCAAUUAAACACAACUGCCUAAAUCACGCGUUCGGUAUAAACCUAAAUCCGUAGGGUAUACGAGUGCGAUCUAACUGAUUAUUGUCUACAGAAUGAUAGUGUGACGCUUAUUUCGUAUUUCAAUCAAGUACGUAAUAUAAACAGAUCUCGGCUUCUUGACGGCCCCUUAAUUUUAUAUAAUAUUUAUACGUGGUGAUGAAGUAAAAUAUUGAUUAAGAGGCAGAGCGAUACGUUGGAAAAUUCUUUAAAAUAAAGUGAUAUCAAGCAAUAUUCUUUCAGAGACAAAUAUCUCAACAUGCUGGACAACUACGACAGGAGCGAAUUGACACCUCCGCCUGUUAGCAGCUACGGAGGAUCUUCGGGUCUCCUGGCUCUUCACUCUUCCCUCUACGCCACCCCGACGUCCAGGGCCUACGAAAUCGACGCCGGAAUAGACGCCAGCGAGAGCCCGAUGCCAGUCGACGCCCAGAUAAUACCAAUUCCGAGCAUGCUGAGUGGCCAGGCCCAGCAACGCUUGGAGGAUAUGUCCUGGCUGGCAUCAGGACCACCACUCGACUAUCAGCAGGGUAUUCCCUCGAUGCAGUCCGGGGUGAAAAUGUGCCAUCCGGGAAGUUCCGCUCAACGGAGCCUGAAGGAACAGCGCAUACGGAGACCCAUGAACGCUUUCAUGGUGUGGGCGAAGGUUGAGCGAAAGAAAUUGGCCGACGAAAAUCCUGACCUCCAUAACGCCGACCUCAGCAAGAUGCUCGGAAAGAAAUGGCGGGGCCUUACGCCGCAGGACAGGCGGCCUUACGUCGAGGAAGCGGAGAGGUUGAGAGUGAUACACAUGCAGGAACAUCCGAACUACAAGUACAGACCACGUCGCAGAAAACACGCAAAGCGAGCCCCGGGGGCCCCGGCCUCGCCACCUACCGCAACAAGCGCCCCUGGGUCCAGGCCCAACCCCGCUGGGCCCACGAUUCAUCAUUCCAUGUCUAAACUGGACAGCUAUCAAAACAUGCCGCAAAUGUCCUGGGGAGGACAUUCGCCUAUCGCAUCUCUCUAUCAUCAGCAACAACAACAGCAGCAGCAACAGCAACAGCAACAGCAACAGCAACAGCAACAGCAACAGCAACAGCAGCAACAACAGCAACAGCAACAGCAACAGCAACAACAGACAAUGCAAGAGUACAAGUCAGAAAAUAACUCAAUCUACGGAAGUCCUUAUACACCGAUCAUCCACUCGCCGGAUAUUUCACCCGUCGCCAGUCCCGAACCAGAUGGCGAAGGGACACACCUUUCUUCGGCGCAAAAUGCAGACCCAGAGAGAGACUUAAUGGAGGGCACAUCCAAGCAGCACAACGAUCAUGAACAGGCAAAGCAGCGAUAUGCUUUCAUGAGUGGGGACAGUCAAUUACAUCCCGCUCACAGCGUUGCCAACAUAUCAUCCUGCCAAAACACUGGCAUCUACACGGAUACUCUGACAUACAAGAAAUCAGUGAGCUACCUGAAUUUCGAAAGGCAAACUUCGAAUAUAGCAGCGAUCGGAAUAGCCAAUGGAAUGAUGGUAUCAUGCAACAAACUGCGAUCAGGUUUUGAGAACGUUGGAUCUGUUACGGGAACAUUUUACCCACCAGUUGCUUCACCGCAUGACCAAUCAAUGCACUACAAUAAUAACCAGUCGACAAAGUCGAAUAAUUAUCCGAUGCAAUCUAGCGUCGAAAAUAACUACAGCCCAUGCAACAACAGGCAACAAUCGAUUGGAAUACGCGGAUCGUCAGAUAUUUGCUCAAACGUCUCUCACAGAUACUCUCAGAUGUCGCAUCAUCAAGAUUACUCGUCGGAAGGCGGUUCUGGUCAGCAGCCAGUGAUUAUGGGGCACUUGGAUCCGAGCAUGGGGGAUGAUGAAGAAGACCAAACCCUGCAGCUUGAAAAAUAUUUCAAGUAUCCGCACCCGACGUCAGUAGCUCAUUCCAGUUUAUCCUCCCAAAAUCUUAUGGACAAUAAUCACAACUAUGCUAGCGAUUUGCGGUACUAUGCACCCCAGCAAAGCCAACUAGAUCUCUCCAACGCCCAAUGCGUUGUUGACGAUCAAAAUAAGGAUAACCAAUGCUCUAGCGUCAGUAUCGGACAUUCGAUGGAGCAGUAUCACCAGAACAUGGAAGCUGCUAAAUACAACGAACAACAACACCAGCACCAUCAGCAUCAGCAGCAACAACAGCAACAACAACAGCAACAGCAGCAGCACCAGCAGCAACAACAACAGCAAAUUUCUCAACAAAAUCAAAGUGUGGAACACGUUUCAAAGUCAGAUGAUGAUUUUAGCGUUAUUCUGGCUGACGUUCGCAAGACAUGCUACAGUAGUUAGGUUCUAUAAAUUUUUUAGUCUGGUCACGGACUCAGAACGAACUUGAUGCAUUGUGGGAAACGGAUCAUGUUUGGUACAUUUUAUAUUCUAAUUGUCAUCAAAGUUUACGCUGACGUCAGAAUUUCGAAGGCAUGUGGAUUGGUCUGAACAGGAAAAAAAUCGAAUAGAUUGAAAAAAGCAUUGGGUGAUACGAAAUAGAAAGAGUACAGGUAUAGUUCUGAAAAGCAAAAUGACUGACUUUUUGAUUAUUUCUUCUUCUUCUUUUUCUUCUUCCCCUGAUUCAGCUUCGUCAAAAAUUGGAUGUGACCUUGUUUCCACCGCUGUCGGCACUACAGGUUGGUCAUUGCUGUAAUUUUACUGAAUUUUCCAUUAAGUUUGUGCUACAAUCACGGAAUUCAUGCAAAUUGAUACGCUGACAAUUUUCUCGUCAUGUUUGUUAGAUCGAGCAUGUAACAUGCCGCUACGAUUGGUGGAAAGUACGCGUAACCCAUUUACAGAUUAGAAACGACAGCGUGACCUCAACCUCGAGGCGAGAGUUUUCGAGGAUAAUGCAAUGAGUGGAGCUCGAUCCUUGAGCCACAAAACUUGGUAGAAAAUUGUACAAAAGUUGAAAGGUUAUUGGAGAGUGAAGCCACGGCAACGGCCCUGAUUUAUAUUCAUCUAUAUAUCGAUUGUUUCAUUCUGGUAAGUAGUAUUAGCACUAAUUAAACGAAGUUAUGAUCAAAUCAUUAGCUAGAAUUAUUCUUAUAAAAUAAAACACCUAUACAUAUAUCCCUCGUAAUCUUAUUAUUAUUAUUAUUAUUAUCAUCAUCAUUAUUAUUAUUAUUGUUGUUGUUGUUGUUGUUAUUAGUGUGAAAUUAAAAUGCAAAGUGAAGAUACUUAUAUAGACUGUACGCAAUGAUCGGGAAAGCUAAACUAUUAGAAAAGAAAAGAAUGGAUGAAAAAUUGAAUAAAAUCUUUCAUAUAUAUAAUUGUGAUACAGGUAGACAUUUUUUCUGCUAUGAUUGUCUCUCGCGCACUGUUUUUCGCACGAUGAAAUUCGGUAAUGGGCGGUAAAAAAAAUUGGUACAACCCAUAUUCUUAUAGACUGAUAUAUUCGAAAUGACGAAUCAGCACAGCGAAUCAAAUGUUAACUUGCCAGAAUUUGAAGGACGGAAAAUAGUGCUAGGAAACAUUCUUAGGUAUGAAUCAAACAUUUAUUCGUAAUAUAUCAUAUUUUCUAUGCUCGGCAAACUGUGGCUUUUACUACGAAUUCAGUGUUUCAUAUACAGAAUGUAUAUCAUACUAAUUCUCAAAAUUCAGUAUAAUUCGAUUCUUUGUUGGUCGAAUAAUUUAUUAAAAGGAAACAAAGUGUUCGCGGAAAUGACGACUUGAAAUGCUCGAAUGAAUACUUGAUUCGAUUUCUGACAGCCAGGAAUCAUCAACUUUUGUACAACUGCUGUAAUCCUUGGGUUUUUCCUAUUACUGAGCGCGGAAGCAAGCUUCCGAGUACUCAUUUGCAAUAUCACUCCACAAUUCGGCCAUGUUGGUUUACUUCAAUUUACGCAUUCAUGAACGACUAACGUGACUAACUGCAAGUUCUGUGAACUGAUUGUCGCCCAUCGGUAGCAUGAGUUGUCUGGUUUGAACUGCGGUUUCGCUAAAAUCUUAUUAUAAUUAUAAGUAAAGUAAAAAAUAUACCUAGAUAUACAUAUAUAGAGAAAAGAUUGUUAGACAAAAAUUAGACGCUGUACUAGAUUGAUAAUUAUGUACGAAAACGAGGCAUGCGUAGAUUUUACAAUAUAUACUGUAUUUUAAAAAAAUAAAUAAUAUUUUCACCGAGCAUAUACGCGCGUGUCAAAUUUUUCUUACACCCAUGUAUUAA